CAUAAAAGCGGGAUGAAACUAGUUGACGAAGCAAUGUCCUUGAGAAGCACAUGGGAAACCUUAUAUAUAUAUAUUGGUUGUCCAAUUGGUGUAAAAAUAUUUUACUGAAAUUUAACUGGAAUUUUACACCAACUAACUAGGGGUGCCGAGUGAAAGUAGUAGAAAACAUUUUGGAAUCUGUCAUCUGUGCAAUUCAAUUAAUUCUCUUGUCCAACAGCGAACAGAGCUAAUGAUGACCCAACAACCUUCUCCUUGGUUUACGUUGGCAAGAUGUGACGAAUUUGGUCAAUUCCUUGAAGCAGCUCGUGACAUUCCUGUCGGAACGUUGAUUGUGGAGGAGACGCCGGUCUUCUACGGACCCAGUGCGGACUACGUACAAGACUACUCCACCCCCAUCUGUCUCGGAUGUGCAUGCGUCAUGAACGAUGGGAACGAGGAGAAUCGUUGUCCCACCUGCAAAUGGCCCCUCUGUGGACCCCAUUGCGAUAACGUUUCAUACCACGCCGAACAGGAGUGUGAGUUGCUUGCAAAAGAGAAAGUUGGCUUUCCCCCUAACUUGCCAAUCCAAAACUGUUACAAAGGGCUCGCCAUCCUUCGUGGCCUUCUCCUCAAGGAACAGAAUCCUCUGGCCUGGGAGAAGGUUAUGAAUUUGCAGUACGAAAAUGAAAUAAAGGAUUCAACAGAGGAGGUGGAUUUUAAUGAAUUCAAGACUCAGUUUGGGCUUCCCAAUUUUGGAUCAAAUGAAGACUGGCGGAGGAUAUUGGGUGUCCUGAAUGUUAACAGUUAUUCAAUCCAAAGGAUUGAGAAGAAAAUUGGGAGUCCUUCAUUUGCCGAAUUCAUUUACCCAUACCAAUGCCUUGCAAAUCAUUCCUGCAUUCCUAAUUGUAAUUGGGUGAUUUCAUAUUCGCCUGAAUUUAUUAUUCGUGUUAAAGCUUCCAUCAGUAUAAAGAAAGGGGACAUGCUCACGGUGGCGUAUAACUACGAUUUGAGCAAGUAUGGUGUUCACAAACGACAACGUAAGAUUCGGGAUCAAGCCAAAUUCUCCUGUAAAUGUCCUCGAUGCUUGGAUCCAACGGAUCUCGGGACAUAUAGUGGCGGAGUGGUGUGCUUCAAAUGCAAAUCCGGGCUGAUGUUGCCACUCGACUCAAUUGAUCCAGAAUCGGACUGGAAGUGUGGCCAAUGUCCGUACAAGAUGUGUCAAUCAUUUGUCUCUGCAUUUGUCGAUUCGCUCCAAGAACAAGUUGAGCUGGCUGAGACGGAAUCAAAUGAAACUGGCGAAUCCAUAGUUGACAUUUUGGAAGAUUUUAUUUCGGACAAAAGUGGUUCCGUUCUUCACCCUAAUCACUGGAUCCUAACCCUGGCAGCUCAAUCAAUCAUAAAUCACCAGUCCUCUCAACUCCAGCAGCUCACGAUAGAGGAAUUGGACAGCUUCAUCAGACGUUGCGACCAUAUUCUCAGCAUCAGAAACGUUACUCCUGGAAUUUCUACAGAGAAAGGCAUUCUACAGCAUCACAUAGCCCGGGCCAAGUUUGUAAGAAUGGAGUCUGCAAUUCAGCAAGGAAAAAUACUUGCAAAUUCGCCAGAAAUGAAAGCGGAAAUUAAAACAAUCCAUGAACUUCAGAAGAGCACUGUAUUGUUUUGGGAUGAGAAUCCUCAUUAUGGAACGCUUCAACUUCAUGCAAAUCACAAGUUGGAUGCUCAAUUUAUUAGAGAAGAAAUGGACCUACUAAAGUCCAAGUACAAAGUUGUUGACUAGUUUAAUUCAUAUUAACUGCAUAUAAAAUUUUAUUUACUAUUGUAGAUUAUAUCUUUAAUAUGUUCUUCAGCCAACGUGGAACAUAAAUGUUGCGUAAUAAUACUGUUAAACCUGAUUAUUCAUUUAAACACUUUCCUGUCGGAUAAUUUGGUAUUUAUUUUUUAUAUUUGUUGAUCAAUCCCAUGACUUACGCAUUUAUUUUGUAUCUUAAUUGGUAAAUAUAUACAUACAUACUCUAGGCUGA